AUGUCAGAUGGCUCGAAGUCGCGCUCGUCUUCUUCCUACCAUUUUUUUGCCGGUCUAAGCUCUGGCAUUCUCUCAGCCGUGCUUCUUCAACCCGCCGAUCUCCUGAAAACUCGAGUCCAACAAUCGCACCAAAAUACUUUGCUCACUACCAUCAAAACCAUUGCCAACGGGCCAAGCCCAGUGCGCCAAUUCUGGAGGGGGACUCUGCCUAGCACACUGCGCACUGGGUGUGGAUCUGCGAUAUAUUUUUCGGGGCUCAAUGCUCUACGACGGCGGGCGGAGGUGGUGAGCCAACGAGCUUCUGGGACCACAAGGCAGCUGGGAGAUGGGCAUUCAAGCACUUUGCCCAAGUUGAGCAACACGGCAAACUUGGCGACGGGAGCCAUUGCACGCACGUGGGCAGGGUUCAUUAUGAUGCCGAUUACGGUGCUCAAGGUACGGUACGAGAGCAAUCUCUAUUCGUACUCAUCUUUACUUUCGGCAACCCGGGACAUCUUUCGCGUCGAAGGUGCUCGGGGCUUCUUUGCGGGGUUUGGCGCGACUGCCGUUCGCGAUGCGCCCUAUGCAGGGCUUUAUGUGCUUUUCUACGAGCAGUCGAAGAAGCGGCUAUCCAAUGUUGCUACCAAGAUCGAGGAGAACUCUGGGGCCGUUCAAGCGGUACUCUCGUCCAGCACUUCUGUGGGCAUCAACUUUAGCUCGGGCGUGGCAGCGGCCGGCUUGGCGACCACGGUUACCAACCCGUUCGAUGCCAUCAAAACGAGGAUACAGCUGAUGCCGGACCGUUAUUCGAACAUGAUGCAGGCGGCGAAGAAGAUGGUGGCCGAGGAUGGGACCAAGAGCUUCUUCGAUGGGCUGGGGAUCAGAAUAGCCAGAAAGGCCAUCAGCUCGGCAAUGGCUUGGACCGUGUAUGAAGAGCUAUUGAGGAGGGCGGAGAGCCUACGGGAAGAAAGCAUGGAGCAUCGCCAAGCAUCAAGCAGGCAGGCAGGUAAAGCAAGCAUUACGCAAGCCGGCAUGAAGCCGAGUGUGGCAUGCUGGCUGGGUACACGGGUUGGGUGGUGGUUGGGCAGAAAGCAUCACCUGGGAAGAAGGGGAUUUCCCUGUUGGCGAUGGCGCCAUGACGUAGCCCCGCCCCUCGGGCUCCCCCGCUGUGCCCUCUCUCCCUUCUCUCCCACUUUGCUCACCGGUAGCAGCAGCAACACCAGCGGGUUGCUCAGCCCUCACGCCACACUCUCACACUCACACAGCAAUACUCACAGCACUCAACUGUACAUUGGCCCUGACCUUGCCGGCUUACAUCUCCGUUUGCUGGCACCGGUACGCUACAAGCCCCUCCUCUCUCUUCCUUCAGCCCUUCUAUCCCGCUUGCUAAUUCUCCUCUCCCCUUCGCUAGUUGCCCACCCUUUUGGAAUGUCCGAGUAUAGCUACGACGACCGCCCGCGGCGCCAUCGCUCCACCAGGGAACGAGACCGAGAGCCCGAGUAUGUGACAGAGACGACAUAUAUCGAGCGAGGUGGCCGUGGCGGAGGCGUCCGUGACCUGGUCUAUCGCCCUGCCCGUGAAGACAGCAUCGAGGACAUCCCGCGCGACUUCCCCCCUCCAGGCGCCGAGUACCGUCAGACCAAAUACCGGGAGACGUACGAGCCCAGGCGCACUCGCUCAGCCCAUCGUGACUACGACUAUGACGAUUACUCUCGUCACGAUCGUGGACGUCGCGCACGUGACGAUGACUACUACGACGAUGACUAUUAUUCGGAGCGUCCCAAGCCUCAGCGUCGCAAGUCCAUUGUCGACAAUAUCAAGGAGAUUGGCGAAGCUGCCGGCCUCGGAGGUGUCAUAGGCGCCGUGACAGGUCGCUCUCGCUCCCGGUCGCGACCCUCUCGCAGGCACCGUGACUAUGACAGCGACCGAGAUUACUAUGGUUAUGAUGACCGCCGCAGCCGCCGCUACAGCUCAGGCUCCCGUAGUCCCAGUCGUCGAGGAGGCCACAAGAACUCUGAUAAGAAGUGGGAGCAAGCCGCAAAAGCUGCCAUAGUAGCCGGCGCCGUCGAAGCCUUUCGCAGUCGCAAAGCCCCAGGGCCUUGGACCGGCGAGAAGGGUCAGCGCAUCGCGACUGCUGCCAUUGGAGCCGCUGGUAUCGACAGUCUAGUGGACAAAGAUCCCGACAAGCACGGCAAGCGCCACGUCGCCGAGUCAGCUAUAGGAGGUCUUCUCGCAAAUCGUGUCGCCAACGGUCCACGCUCCCAGUCUCGCGGCCGUCACGGCUCUAGGUCUCCUUCUCGUUCUCGUUCCCGCUCUCGAUCCAGGUCCAUUUUCGGCCGCUCUCGAUCCCGUGGUCGUGCCGCUUCUCGCGAUCGUGGUGAAGGUGGCGAAAACACCCUGGCCAAGGUUGCUGGUGGUGGCGCCGUUCUUGCCGCAGGCAAAGCUCUCUACGACCGAGUACGCUCGAAGUCUCGUUCUAGGAAAGAACGUUCUCGCAGCUCCAGUGCAGACAGCUAUGAUCCACCUUCUCGGAAUCGCCGUGGUCGCGGCAAUUACGACAGAGGCCGCAGUAUGGACGACACCUAUUCUGGGGCUCAAGGAGCUAAUUCAGAUCGCAGACUAGCCGCCGCAACAGGUGGUGGUGCCCUGGCUGCAUCUCGGGGAAGGGAUCACAGCUCUAGCUCUACAUCUACAACAGAUAUUGAACAAAAGCGGAAAAAAUUGAGAGGUAAGGAACUCCUGACUGCUGGUUUAGCCACGGUGGCCACGAUUCAUGCAGCACAUGGCGUGUACUCGUCCAUGGUAGCUUCUGAAAACCGACGUAAAAUGGUCGCAGAAGGCGAAAUGUCGGCCGAAGAAGCUCGCAAACGCAAGUCAAAGAACAUGCUUCAAGAUGCGGCGGCUGUUGGGAUUGCUGCGCUCGGCAUAAAGUCUGCCUUCUCAGAGUGGAAGGAGAUGAAUGAGCAGAGGCAUAGCGUGCACGAGCUCGAACAACGCCGCCGCAAGAGAAGGAAGGCCAGGGAACGCAUGGAGAGGGAGGCUCGGCAGAAUGCCCUCAACGGUUCGAACGGUCCAGCUAAUGCGUAUGCCUAUCCUGUAGCUGCCAACCCUUACCCAACCACCUACGCCGAUGCGAACCCCUACGGCGCGGUUCCUCCGCCCCCUAUCGGCGCACCCCCAAGUGCACGCUAUUGA